AGGAUGACAGAUGCAAGGAACCAAACAGGCGUGUCCGAGUUUAUUCUGCUGGGUUUUUCUGAGCACCCUCAGGUGCAGCUGAUACUAUUUGUUGCCUUUGCAUCUGCAUAUGCCGUGGCCCUGCUUGGGAAUUUCUCCAUCAUCACAGUCAUCUGUUCACAGCCUGGACUCCACACUCCCAUGUACUUCUUCCUAGUCAACCUCUCCCUGCUGGACAUUGGCUGCGUGACCUCAACCGUGCCACAAAUGCUGAAGAACUUGCUGGCCCAAAAGAAGGCCAUCUCCUUCCAAGGCUGUCUAGCACAGAUGUACUUCUUCACCGCCUUUCUAGCAACGGAGCUGUUGCUGCUGACUGGCAUGGCUUUCGACCGCUAUGUGGCCAUUUGCCACCCCUUGCGCUACUCCCUUGUCAUGAGCUGGAGGACCUGCUGCCACCUGGCAGUAGGUGUAUGGGCAUCAGGCUUCCUAAUCUCUCUGCCACAUACUCUCUCCUUGCUCAGCUUGUCCUUCUGUGGGCCCAACAUUAUCAACCACUUCUUCUGCGAGCUACCACCACUGCUUCAGCUGUCUUGCAGCAACACAAGCUACAACCAAACCUUGGCCCUGGUGACGGAUGUGUUCCUGGGCAUAGGCUGCUUCCUCCUCACCCUCCUCUCCUAUAUCUACAUCGUCUCUUCUGUCCUGAAAAUCCGGUCUGCUGCAGGGAAGCGCAAGGCCUUCUCUACCUGCUCCUCUCAUGUGAUAGUGGUGACGCUUUUUUAUAGCACCGUGAUCUACACUUACGUCCGGCCUCCCUCUGCUUACCUGGACAGAGACAAAGCUGUGGCUGCUCUGUACACUAUGGUCACUCCUCUUGUCAAUCCCCUCAUCUACAGCUUGCGGAACAAGGAGGUGAAAGAGGCCUUUAAAAAACUUAUGGGUGGAAACAGAGGCUGA